GCCGCCCCCGUGUUUUCUUCGAUAUCCAGAUCGGUAAACAGAAGACCGGUCGCAUUGCUUUUGAACUGGUAAGUUCACCAUCCUUCUUGUGCGGCAUUUACAUGUCGUGUUUUAUGCAGCCUUGCUAACUACCCCGCCUGUGCAGUUCAACGAUGGUACCGUGCAGACUCCCCUGUAGAGGAAUUACGCGCAGAUUCCUAACCAUGGGCAAAUAAUAGUCGUUCCUAAGACUGCGGAGAACUUCCGGGCUCUGUGCACUGGCGAAAAGGGCAUGGGCAAGCAGGGCAAGCCAUUGCACUUCAAAGGCUCCAUCUUCCACCGUGUCAUUAAGCAGUUCAUGAUUCAGGGUGGUGACUUCACCGCGUUCAACGGCACGGGCGGCGAGUCGAUCUAUGGCGAGAAAUUCCCUGACGAGAACUUCGACCUCAAGCAUGACCGUCCCUUCCUUCUCUCCAUGGCCAACUCCGGCCCCGGCACCAACGGCAGUCAGUUCUUCAUCACAACCGUGCCCACCCCCCACCUGGAUGGCAAGCACGUCGUCUUCGGUGAGGUGAUCAACGGCAAGAGCGUUGUCCGCAAGGUCGAGAACAUGUCUACCCAGGCCGACAAGCCCACCACCGACGUCACUAUUGUCGACUGCGGAGAGCUUACCGGCGACGAGUACGAAAACGCUGAUAAGCAGAUCCCCGACGCGACUGGCGAUCCUUAUGAGGACUUCCCCGAUGACCACCAGGGAGAGGAGCUGAGCGCCCCUGUCUGCUUCAAGAUUGCGACCGAGCUCAAGAACUUUGGAAACACCGCUUUCAAGAGCGGAAACUUGACCCUCGGUCUCGAGAAAUACCAGAAGGGUCUGCGUUAUCUCAACGAGUUCCCCGAGCCCGAUGAGCAGGACCCCAAGGAUCUGGACCCCCAGAUGAAGGCGCUCCGCUUCACUCUGCACUCGAACUCAUCUCUGCUUGCUAACAAGCUUGGUCAGUUCAAGAAUGGCCAGACCUGGGCUACUUAUGCUCUCGAAACUGCUGCUGCUGCAAACGCCAAGGAUGCCGACAAGGCCAAGGCUUACUACCGCCGCGCGGUGGCCUACAGCGGUCUGAAGGAGGAGGAUGAGGCUCUCAAGGAUCUCCAGGAGGCUUCUCAGCUGGCUCCUGGUGAUGCUGGCAUUACCAACGAGAUUGCCCGGGUCAAGAAGGCCGUCAAGGACCGCCAGGCUCGCGAGAGGGCUACCGCUCAGAAGUUCUUCUCGUGAAGAGACCAACGUCAUGAUUCAUGAUUGCAUGAUUUAAUUUUCCCGUUUCUUAAAAUCCCCGGCCUUGGGUGAAAAGUGAGAACUAAGUCUAAUCUCUCUUACAACCAUUGCAUUGGAUUGGUGCACAAUAGGAAUUCUUUCAAAGACCUUUACUCAUCCUCAGCGGCUAUGCAACGACGUACGGGCUUUGCGCUUCGCUUCGAGUUGGCUUCUAGGCUAUGCGGUUCAGCAGACCAGAGCACUCUGUACAAUAGAAAGCAAUCGAGUCCCGCAGGUAAAGUAGCGUUAUGCGCUACGAAACCAGGUCGAUGAACGUAUCUUUCAUCUAUACUUUUGAGAAUCGUAGGCUUCUUACGGUCCGUGGCCGUGAUCCAUUACUAGUACAGUAGUAACAACUUCCUUGCCUGCCAGAUCUUG